CUUAUUCCCACUGUCCCACUUCUCCUGACCUCUUCCCUCUCCCAUACCAUACUCUUCACUAACAUUUUAGUUUGCACCAUUUCCUAGUGUGUUCGUGUGCCUACAAAUUUUAUUCACAUAAAAUACACCAACACCUCUUUCUCUUUCUUUUUCUCUUCUGCUCAUCAUCACUAUUAUACUCAUUCCAUGGCUUCUGCAAGUGGAAAUGCUGCCUCUAAUGCCUCUGGCUCUCCUUGCGGGGCAUGCAAAUUCCUCAGGCGAAAGUGUGCAGCUGACUGCAUCUUUGCACCUUACUUUUGCUCAGAACAAGGCCCUGCUAGAUUCGCUGCCAUACAUAAAGUCUUUGGUGCCAGCAAUGUUUCCAAGCUGCUUUUGCAUAUACCAGCUCAUGAUCGUUGUGAAGCUGUUGUCACAAUUGCUUAUGAGGCUCAGGCUCGUAUCAGAGACCCCGUCUAUGGCUGUGUCUCUCACAUUUUUGCCUUACAACAACAGGUGGCAUGCUUGCAAGCACAGCUGAUGCAGGUGAAGGCUCAGCUGGCUCAGAAUCUGAUGGAGUCGAGGAGCAUGGAGAAUAAUAAUAAUCAGUGGGCAGGGAAUCAAAGUGUUGCAGGAGAAGCAAUGAACCAUCCGUUUUGUCCCACUUACAUGAACCCUAUAUCUCCUCAAAGCUCUCUUGAGUCAAUUGAUCACAGCAGCAUGAACGAUGGAAUGAGCAUGCAAGAUAUACAAAGCAGAGAGGAAAGAGCAUACAAGAACAAUGAGUUGGGUGAGCUGCAAGAACUGGCGCUCAGAAUGAUGAGGAACUGAUUAUGACUAGGUUUAGCCUUUUCAUUUUCAUAGAAGGAUGUUCCUUGAUGUUGAGGGGACAUGGUCUUUUGCAAGUGUUGUAUAUAUAAUGAGAGUCUCAUCAAGAAAACUGGCCAUAACUGAUAAGCCUAAAGUUUAAACUAUGCAUUAGGCUUUUUCUGUUUGUGGAUUCAAUCCAAAAGAAAUUAAUUUUUUACAGCCUAGCUAGCUCAGUCUCUCUCACUCACUCACUCUCCAUCUAUACAUAUAUGCUUUUGCUCAAAUAUGCAGUGUUGAUUAACAUUGAGUCUAGAAAAUAAGUUGGC